AUGACGUGCUAUAAGUUGGGAUGUUACAUUAUGAGGCCUCGCCUUCUACUGCCCCAGCGAGUUAGCCAUACCCUUCCUCCACCGGACGCCAUCGUCCCGUAUCUGGCUGAGGCCGGAUUCGGUGACACGGUGCCCCUCAAGGACUUCACAUUUGACAAUUCCCUGAUUUCGGCACUCGUUGAGCGAUGGCGUUCGGAGAUGCACACGUUUCAUCUUCCGUGGGGUGAGGUCACUAUCACCCUGCAGGACGUGGUGUACCACCUAGACCUACGUGCACACGGGAACCCCGUUGGGGGGUGCCUUCGUGACUUUGGUAGGUGGUACGGCACGGAGACGUGGGCCAUGGUUGAGCAACUGCUUGAUGUCAGGCCUCCGGUGGCGGCACAGCAGGCUGCGCAGAGGAAGGAGUCGUUCACGCUAAAGCUGGUUUGGUUGCGUGAUCGUGUCUGCCAAAUGCCCCCGACCGACGAUCCUGAGACCCUCCGACAGUAUGCCCGAUGCUAUAUUAUGUUACUGAUUGGAGGGUAUCUAUUGACAGACAAGUCCAACAACCUGGUUCACGUACGGUGGCUACUGCUCCUCCGGGACUUCGGGGAGUGUAGGACGUUAUCUUGGGGUUCUGCUGUGCUGGCCUGGACUUACCAGUCACUCUGUUUGGUGGCACAGCGGGACGUCACGGACAUUGCCGGUUGUACUCCGCUGUUGAUGAAUUGGAUUUACCAGAGAUUUUCUCAGUGGUGUCCACCAAAUAGAGGAGUCUACCAGUAUCCGUUAGCUGCGAGGUUGGUUGAAUUGCAGCAGCAGAGUAGAGAUCAACAUCAGGACAGGGUCCUGUACUAG